UCCUCUCUCUUUUUUUUUUCUCCCCCUCUCUGAUCAGUCUCUCCCCCUUUCCUCUCCCCUCCUUCUCUGUCUCCCUUCUCUCCUCCCUUUCUCUCAUUGCGCUCCAUCAUGGCCCAUGUAUGGUCCUCACCUUCCAAGAUCUGCUCCGCCCUGGCUUUAGUCCUGGGGCUGGCUGCUCUUUGGCGAUGGCUCCGUGCGCGUGGGAGCCCUGAGCUGCGGAUGAGGCGAGUGGGGACGGUCUCGGGGCUCUUCCUCUACCCGCUCAAGUCCUGCCGUGGGCUCUCCGUGGACAGAGCGGAGGUGACCGAGCUGGGACUCCGCAGCGGAGCCCUGAGCGACAGAUGUUGGACUGUGAUGAAGGAAGAUGGGGAGAUGUUGUCUGCUAAAGAAGAGCCUCGUUUGGUGCUAAUUUCUGUGACCUGUGAAGAUGGCUAUAUUACGCUGAAUGCUCCAGAAAUGAAGACUCUGAAAAUCCCUCUUGAACUCCCAAGAACAAAUGCAGUCAGGAAUUGCAGACGCCUUGGAGCUGAAGGUGAAGGCAGGGACUGUGGCGAGGAGGCAGCACAAUGGAUCACCACCUUCCUGAACACAAGGCCUUACCGGUUAGCUCACUAUGAGCCCAACAUGAUGACAAGGAAGUCAAGAGACGUCCUGCCUGAGUUUGAAACUACAGAUGAGGUUGCUUAUGCUGAAGGCAGUCCGAUCUUGCUAAUUUCGGAAGCUUCCUUGGAUGAUCUCAACAGCCGGCUAGAAGAGAAAGUUGCAAUAACAAACUUCCGCCCAAACAUUUUUGUUACAGGAUGUGCACCUUAUGAAGAAGAUUCUUGGUCUGAAAUAGUAAUUGGUAAUGUUCAGAUGAAAGGAAGAAUGGUUUGCCCCAGGUGCAUUUUCACAACAAUUGAUCCAAAUACUGGGAUCAUGCACAAGAAGGAACCAAUGAAGACACUGCUAAGUUAUCGCAAGGGUACUUCUACCAAACAACGUUCCUACAAGAACCUUCCUCCUUUCGGAUCAUUGUAUGGAAUUGAAAAGACUGGGGUGCUUGCAGUUGGGGAUCCAGUAUAUGAGAUGAUCUAGUGAUGGAGAUAAUUUGUGCAAUGAAAGGUACUCAUUCAAAAGUGCAAAUGGAUUUUUCACACAUUUUGAAAAAGAACUUUACCAGAUUUAUCACUAAAUGUGCCAAUUCCGAUCUUCAUAGUUAUGACAUCUGCUCAGUUUUUUUUCUUCAUAUAUGGGGACAAUUUAAUGUAUUGAGUGAUACUGAGGAACUAAGAGAUUAGCCAAUCAGAAAAUGUGUCAUUUGAACCUGGCAGACUAUUUUGAAGCUGAAUUACUGAGAGAGAGGAUAAAUUGCAACCAGUUAUUCUGUGACUAGAUGACAGUCAUAAAGGUGCUGUUUGAAGGGAAA